AGCUUGUCGCCAAAAUGCUGCAGGUCAAAAGGAUCUACUAUCCUUUUGCAGCAUUUUCGGUCAUGUUCGUAGUAGCAGUGACCCUUGUCAGCCUGUUGCAACGGCCAGACUCUCCCGAGGUCACGUACUUGAAGUCUUCUAGGAGGCAGAUGCUAUAUGGAGAAGACGAAUCGUCUUCUUCUCCAAACAGCAUCGACUUUGGAGCCGAGUCAGGAGUGACUGAAGGGAUCGACGGGGCCAAGGACGACGUCUCCAACAUCCGCGACAUGGCGGGGGUUCGGGACUUCGACUCGGACCCGGAGAAGGACAAGCUCGAGAAGAUCCUCAAGGAGACAAUGGCGUUCCAGGAGGAGGAAGAGAGCUUCUACAAGUCCCUGGAUGCUGCCACCAAGGUCGACAUUCAAGUGAAGCAGGGAACCCCCGGCAUGCGGGGCCCGAGGGGCUUCCGAGGACAGAUGGGUCCUCAGGGUGCCAUGGGACCUCCCGGCAUUCCCGGACCCCAGGGCUUCGUGGGCGACAAGGGAGAGGAAGGCCCGCAAGGGCCUCAGGGAGAGCAGGGAGAGCAGGGAGAACAGGGAGCCAAGGGACCCAAGGGCGUGACUGGCCCCCAGGGCCCGAUGGGAGAUAGGGGGAAGCGAGGAGUGCCAGGGAAGAAGGGCACCACCGGACCUCCCGGCUGGGAUGGCCCAGCAGGUCUGCGCGGCAAGGACGGGAUGCAAGGGCCGCCGGGACCUCCAGGAUCGUCCACUCCUGGAAACCCUGGCCCCAUGGGCGCGGAGGGCCCGCCGGGAUCCCCCGGAACGGAUGGCCUCAAGGGCCCUGAGGGAGCGAGAGGACCUUCGGGAGCGCCCGGUCAGGACGGACCUCCUGGACCUCCUGGACCUCCCGGCUCUCGUGGAAUCGACUACAUCGCUUAAACAUGUUGACUGGGCCCAAUCCGUGUUCCUUUCACCUGGUGCUGUCGGCAUCGCAUGCAUCAUACUACUUCUUAACAACUACUCUUCACGAGGAUUGAACGCUCUUGAUAAAAGAAGAAACUUUUUACC